AUGGUCCUUGCCCCAUCACUGGUCGCGGCAUCCGCGUUCCUGCUGGGGGUCCCGAGACUGGCCGCCGCGGGAGCCACGGAGCUGCAAAGCGUAUUGAAGAACACGCAUGGGGGCAACGAGUAUGGCUAUCCCACAGACUUUACCAGGGGAAUCAUGCCGAUUCCAGUCCAUUCACACAACGACUACUGGAGAGACAUACCAUUUUACACUGGCAUUUCAAAAGGAUGUAUCUCAACCGAAGCAGACGUAUGGCUAUACAACGACACUCUCUACGUCGGACACGACGAAUCCUCCCUAACUGAAUCCCGAACCCUAGAAUCCCUAUACAUCAACCCCAUGCUAGACGUCCUGAAACGUCAGAAUCCCACAAGUCGAUUCGUGACCUCUCCCACAAACAACGGCGUCUUCGACACCUCCACUGCCCAAACUCUCUACUUCUUCAUCGACGUCAAAACCUCCGGGCCGGAGACCUUCGCCGCCGUAAUCAAGGCGCUAGAGCCCCUCCGGGAGCGAGGCUAUCUCACUUCUCUGAAGAACAACAACACCUUGACCACCGGACCCAUCACCGUUAUCGGAACGGGUAACACGCCCCUUGCCAUGGUGGGGCCGGUAGCAGACAGGGACUAUUUCUUUGAUGCGCCGCUUGGUGCGCUCAGUGAGAGUCGGUAUCAAGAUAUCGAUCAGUAUAUUUCACCCAUUGCGUCGACAAAUUUCGGGGCUGUCGUGGGGAUGAUCGAGGGUGGGGAGGUGAGUGGGGAGCAGAGGGAUGUGCUGAGGAAGGUGAUUAAUAUCGCGGCGCAGAGGGGCAUUGGGGCGAGGUUUUGGGGGACGCCGUAUUGGCCGAUUCGAGUAAGGGAUUCUGUGUGGAGAACUUUGGUGGAUGAGGGGGUUGCAUUGUUGAAUGCGGAUGAUCUGGAUGCUGUGACGAAAUACUUCUAA